AUGCCAAUGACCCUUCCCAAUUCCUCCCUUGCCUCAGAUGACAUGAUGUGUGAGGGCAACAGGACCACCAUGGCCACAGCCCAGCUGAUGCCCCUGGUGGUGGUCCUGAGCACCAUCUCCCUGGUCACAGUUGGGCUCAACUUGCUGGUGCUGUGUGCUGUGCGCAGCGAGCGGAAGCUGCACACCGUGGGCAACCUGUACAUUGUCAGCCUCUCGGUGGCAGACCUGAUCGUGGGCGCCGGUGUCAUGCCCAUGAACAUUGUCCACCUGCUCAUGACCCUGAAACGGCCGCUCUGCCUCUUCUGGCUCUCCAUGGACUACGUGGCCAGCACUGCAUCCAUUUUCAGCGUCUUCAUUCUGUGCAUCGAUCGCUACCGUUCUGUCCAGCAGCCCCUCAGGUACCUCAAGUACCGCACCAAGACCCAAGCAUCACUCACCAUCCUGGCGGCCUGGUUCCUCUCCUCCCUGUGGGUCAUCCCCAUCCUUGGCUGGCAUCACUUCCUGGGGAAGAGCCCGCCAGCUGAGAAGGUCAAGUGCGAUACGGACUUUUAUGAUGUCACCUGGUUCAAGGUCAUGACAGCCAUCAUCAACUUCUACCUGCCCACCGUGCUCAUGCUCUGGUUUUAUGCCAAGAUCUACAAGGCUGUGCGGCGGCACUGCCAGCACCGGGAGCUCAUUGGCAGGUCCCUCCCUUCCUGCUUUGAAAUCAAGCCGAAGCCAGAGAACCCCAAAGUGGACGGCAAGAAACCCGAGAAGGAGUCCCCCUGGGAAGUCCUGAAGAGGAGACAGACAAGUGCUGAGGGUGGGCCUGCCUCAGAGGCGCCAGCCCCCAGCCCCGAGCAGCUGCAGUCUCCAGUGGUGCUCAGGCCAGAGGAGCCUGGAGAAGAGGCCUUGCCCCAUUGCAUGGCGCUGACCUCGAGCCAGGGCUGUAGCCCAAGUUAUGCCGCCAUCAGCCAUUCCCGGGAUUGGCUACCAGCGGAGGAGCAGAGCCCAGGUACACGUCGGAUCAGUGAGCUGUCAGAGGCCCAGACGUUAGGAGACAACCAGUCCUUCUCCCGGACGACUGACUCAGACAUGGUCACGGAGCUGGCGUCGGGUAAGGGCAAGUUGAGAAGUGGGUCGAACACGGGCCUGGAUUAUAUCAAGUUCACCUGGAAGCGGCUACGCUCGCACUCAAGACAAUACAUGUCCGGGCUGCACAUGAACCGCGAGCGCAAGGCCGCCAAGCAGCUGGGCUUUAUCAUGGCAGCCUUUAUCCUCUGCUGGAUCCCGUACUUCAUCUUCUUCAUGGUCAUCGCCUUCUGCAAGAGCUGCUGCAAUGAGCCCGUGCACAUGUUCACCAUCUGGCUGGGCUACAUCAACUCUACGCUCAACCCACUCAUUUACCCCUUGUGCAAUGAGAACUUCAAGAAGACAUUCAAGAGGCUGCUGCGCCUUCAUCCCUAAAGGAGCUCCCCCUCCUCCCCACAAGGGGAUGCCACGAAGGCAUGCUGGCCAUGUCCAGCGAGGAACCAGAGGUCUGUGUGUUGCCAGGCGUUGGGGCUUUCUGGAGCCAAAGCCGCAAUCCCCGAGGGCUGGGGGAGUUGGAAGUCCCUCAGGCCUCUCUGGGAAAAUACCUGGCAGGGUACAUGGUCAGCAGGACGCUGGCCCUCUGAGCAGAGAGCAGAAUGUUUACCGAGGCUCUCCUGCUGCUGGAGCUCUCUGGCCUGAAGGAGCUCGCAAUAACUGCAGCUGCAGCCUGGGACACCCGGGCAUCCGGGAGCAACGUGGGCAGAGGUCCCACAUAGUGUGGCCCCCCUGGCGUGGAGCUGGGGGACUGUGCCUGGAGCAGACAGAUGUUGUCCCUGCCAGGGUCACCCUGGGAGGCAAGGCAGGCUACUGUGCAGUGGCAGCUGCUUCUCAGAAUGCGCCUCCUCCAAGCCUGCCUCCCAGCUUGCUCCUGAAGUGGCUCAGAAAGCCCCAGCCUCACGUGUCACUCGCGCAUGUCUUAGACUCAGUGCUGCUUGCAUGCCCUUCGUCUUCUACUCCAAGUCCCCUUUUGCUGUUAAAGCAAGGGGGUGACAGAUAUUGCACACAAAAGAAAAAGUAUUUCAGAAAGGUUCCAAACGUUACAAACAAAGGACCGGUGGGGGCGGGGAAGGAGCAAAAAGCGUAUGCCGUGUAAGUCCCAGGAUGCCGACAAGAGGAAGGCGGUGUGACUGGCCCCAGCAGGCACAGGCGCAAAUUGAGGUGGAGCCAGAUGGAAGAUGCCAAGGUCCUGUGUCUCUUACACAGGAUGGUGAGAAUGAAGCCUGUGGGGGUUCCAUCUCACUUGUAGCACAUUUCCUCUGGCAGGCAGCAGUGUGUCCUCACACAGACACACAGCCAUGCGCACACAGUAUUCCCAAGAGUGGUGACCAUUCCCGGAAUGACUCGUGAGUGGGUCAGUGGGCUCAACAGACGAUGUGACAUUUUUAAUCUGUGAGUUUCAUUAGCUUUGUCAGAAAGUCGUGCUCUUCCCUAAGUCACAGCUACAAUUUAGAAACUCACCAGGUCGAGGGAACCUGUGGUUUUACUCAGGGUUUAUGUGUGAUCCGGAUGUGGUGUGUGUUUUAAAGCUCGACGCUGAGCCCUUGUACAUGUGGCACAGGAAAAAGCCUGUCCAGGUGCCUUGUAUGCACUGCACCCCUGUUUGCACAGCCUGUUCAGUGGCGGAUCUCUUUGCCCCUGAAAUGCGCAAUGUCCUGUGAUUUAUUUAUUUGUGAGCAUCUGGGGUUUCUGACUGAAUUGUAUCAGAUAUACGGUAGAAUGUUCCAGAGUUCCAGAGUUUGAUGGUGUGUUCUUGCUGGUUUCUGGCCAUAUUUGUAAAUGCCUCUCAGACAGGAAUUACUUUUUUUAAAAAAAAUAAAAACCUUUAUUCCCA